AUGCGGGUACCUUACGAUGGUUCGGAUGCCGUUAAGACAGAUAUGGGAGAUGUUAAGAGAUUUGUUGUCUCGUAUGGUGGUAGAUUCGUCAACAUAGACGACGGGUGGAAGUGGUUAGGGAACCGAACAACAUCAAUUGUUGUUCGACAUGAUAUUACAUAUGAAGAGCUUGUACAUAAAUUAUUCGAGAAGCUGAAUGUUGAUAGAAUGAAGUUCCGAAUUCAAUUGAAAUUUACAGUUCCAAACAUGAAUAUACCCCCAGCUGAUGUAGCCGACGAUGAGGAUUUGCAAUGGUUUAUGUCUGUUCACACAGAAGCGGCGUUGUGUGUAAUUGCAGAUGAAUAUAAUGCUGGAGAGCACGAACUGCAUGUCGGAGUUGAGCAUUUGUCACCAAUAGAAGAUGCAUUGUGUGGACGCGAUGAAGUCAGUAUGUGCGAACUACAAGAGCCACAAACGAUUGAUAAUAUGGAUGAAAGUUUAGGUGAAGGCAAUUUGUUUAUUCGAAAUGCAAUUGAGUCGAUUGAUGAAGAAGACAUUGUGGAGAAUCAGAUAUUCUUUAGCAAACGACAGUUAUACACAAGGCUUCAACUUAAGGCUUUGAAAGAGAAGUUUCAUUUCAAGGUUAAAAAGUCGAAUCCUAGAUCUCUUACUGUUUGUUGUGUCGAUACUACAUGUCAUUGGCUAGUACGAGCUUCUAAGAUAAAAACUUCAGAAAUCUUUACGAUUCGAGAGUACAUACCUGAGCAUACAUGUUCUCUAGACGUUCGACAAAAUGUACAAAUUCACGCAACGAGUGCAAUAAUUGGGCAUCACAUAAUGCGAAGGUUGGACGAUACAAACCAAUCAUACGUUCCUGCGGGUAUUAUUGGGGAUAUGGAACGUGAGUUUGGUGUACGGAUUACCUACAACAAAGUGUGGAGGGCUAAAGAGAAGGGACUUCGAUUUCUUCGUGGUACACCCGAAGAAAGUUUCCAAAAAUUGCCAUCAUAUUGUCACAUGUUAACCGAGAAAAAUCCAGGAACUAUUGCACACAUUGAACUCGACUCGAAUAAUAGGUUCUUGUACUUCUUCUUAGCGUUCGGGCCUAAUGUACGUGGUUUUCAAGAAUACAUGAGGCCAGUAAUUUGUGUUGAUGGAAGUCAUUUGAAGGGCCAAUAUAAGGGAACACUACUAGUAGCUGCAGCGGAAGAUGCUAACCUACAAAUAUAUCCUCUUGCGUGGAGUGUUGUCGAUGGGGAAACAAAUGCAUCGUGGUAUUGGUUCUUUGCAAAGUUGAAAGAUGUCAUUGAUGAUUCAAACCAGCUAGUAUUUGUGUCGGACAAGAAGAAGAGUAUUAAGCGGGCAAUUACGAGGUUGUUCCCACUUUCUCACCACGAUGCCUACAUCUGGCAUAUCGAGAAAAAUCUUAUUGCAAGGUAUAGCAGUAGCAAUAUCAUCUUCUUAUUGAAGCGGGCAGCGCUAGCAUACCGCGUAUCGGAAUUUGAUCAGUUUAUGACACAGAUAAGAACCAUUCCACCGUCAAUGGCAUCUUACUUGGAACAUGCCAGUAUAUCCACCUGGUCACGGGCACAUUUUGUUGGUAAUCGGUACAACGUUAUGACGAAUAACAUUGCGGAGUCACUGAAUUCAUUCCUAAGGCGACAAAGAAGUUUCCCUAUAACCUCUUUAAUCGAAAAUAUUACGUCAUUGAUGCAACGAUGGUUCUACGAGAGAAAAAGUGCAUCUACGAAAUGUAGUACGACUGUGACACCAAAAAUUGAUGAUGAAUUGAGAAAAUCAUUCGACGCCGGUGCAACUUUACCAGUACGAAAUUUGGACGAACUCGUUUUUGAGAUAGGUAUAGCUACCAAACUUUGUACUGUUGACCUUAUAGGUAACACAUGUUCAUGUCGAGAGUUUCAGAUGCGACAAAUCUCAUGUUCACAUGCAUCCCGAGCUGCUUGCGUAAAAGAAAAAUCAUUGUAUGAUUUGUACUCCUCUUACUACACCACAGAAUAUUGGCGAGCUGCGUACAAUGAAGUACUUCACCCCGUUGGCCGAGAGUCAGAUUGGGUUGUUCCUCAGUCUAUUCGUUCCGUCGAAGUUUUGCCCCCGAAUAUACGUAGAGCACCAGGUCGACCUCCUACCCAACGUCAACGGUCAAGAACUGAAAGGUCGACGUUGAGACGAAAAUGCGGCCGAUGUGGGGGUUCUGGACAUAACAGGCAAACAUGUCAGAAUUCGACAUCUUUAAGUGACACACACAAUGUGGUAAUGGAUACAAAAGCAACUCAUGAAUGA